AGUGUGCUGGCCGUGCUGGCCGUGCUGCUCAGCCUGGUGGCCGGGGCCGACGCGCUGAGCUCCGACACGUCCGGCACGCUCACGAUCGUGGUUAUCGCGCUGACCAGCUGUGCAGGCGUCGGUGGCAUCGCCGUUAUCGGCUGGUACUGCUACAAAAAUAGCAAGAAAAAGGCGGACGUCAUGCCCCUGCCGCCGCCGCCGCCGCCGCCGCCAAAGCCAGCGCCGUCCCCGGUGCCCGGGCAGCAGCAGAUGAUGCUCGUCUCUCCUGGCAUGCAGGCCAUGGUACCGGCCGGAGGGGUGAUGAUGGGCUUUCCGGUGGCCGUGUCGCCCGGCACUCAGUACCCGAUGGCCGCGUUUGGCGGCGGCGCGCCGCUGUACCAGCCGGCACAGUCGGCGCCCGGGGCCGCUCUCCCUGGCGCCGCCGAGCCGCUGCCCACUGUCCACGACCUGGAGGCGGAGGCCGCCGGCAAAUAG